UCGUUCCAAGUCGUAAACAUGGUCCUGCCUCUUGUGGCGAUCAUUGUCACAUCAUUCCGCCUGUAUUGUCGUGUACGGCGAGGACGUCUGUGGCUCGAUGACUUAUGGGCAACCUUCGCCAUGGUAUUCAUUCUGGGCCUAUUUAUUGUCGAUUGCGGCUCAACUGACAUACACGCCUAUGAUAGGUGUUCCCGGAUAUCAAUUCUGUUAACAAUUGUACGACUCACAAUCCCAGGAACCCUCAGGAAGGUCCUCACAAUCACUAAAGUGAUCUUCAUCAUCGCAUGGGCCGUACUUUUUGCACAAGUGUGGUGGACUUGUGAAGCUGAGCCCGGUUGGAAAACACACCCGCUCCCGCAGUGCGAUCUCGGCAGAAAUGUUGCAAUAGCGCAGAUCAUCACCGACGUCUUCGGAGACACUAUUCUUAUCUUGGCCCCGAUUCGCCUUAUUUAUAAAGUCAGAUUGACGAAGGCGCAGAAAAUCAGGAUACUCGCGAUCUUUUCGGCGUCAGCAAUCACCACCGCUGUUAGUCUUGCUCAUGCAUAUUACGUCUUGUCCGAUGGAGGGCUAAGGGAGGCGGUGGCUGCUAUGGUCGAGGUUUCCGUGUCCUUGAUUGUCGCGAACUUGAGCGUGGUCGUGACAUUCUUCUUGAGCUUGAGCUCAGACGAUGAUACAUACUCGCCAGCACCGUUGAAAUUUUCAUCUAUCGUAACCUUCGGAUCACAGCCUAGGAGGCGCCACGUUCACGACCCUCUCGCCACGACUGUGAUAGGCGUUGAAACCACCACGAUUAAGUUGACCGAUCUCCCUGAAACUACCUCCAGUGCGCUGAAAAGUGGCAACACCGACGAGAUUUCUGUGAAUAACAUGGAGGGAAAGCAGAGCGGCGGUGAAAUAUGGGGAGUAUAA